AAGUUUCCCAUACAUGUAGAAGAUUGAAACUUGUAUAAACUUCGAUGAAACACCAGUGAAAGAUAGUGCUGUUAUCUAGCUUCUGGAAGUUUACUAGUCAUAAGGGAAAGCAGACCAGAUUAUGUCUGUACUAAAACGUGCUGUCCACAGUGAAGAGUCGGGGUCCGAUUCUAUAAGACAGGAUAAGUGUUCUGAAAGUACAAACAUCCAGGGUGAUGAAGAUAGUGAUGAGAUAGAGUCAGAACCCAAUCUCAGGUUUGAUAUGGAUGAAACAAGUCUCGUUUCUAGAACCAGAAAUAGAAAGAAAUGCUUUGAGUGUGGUAACAAAAUCAGUUUAUAUAAAGGAUUAACUUAUGCUUUUAUAUCCUGUAUCUUUUUCUCUCUGUGUGCUGUAAUUGUGAGAUACCUACAGUCAGUGUACCCUGGAGAACUUGCUUGUUUCAGAUUUCUUGGAAUUUUCACCUUCUCUCUUCCUCUUGUGAUAAAUAGUCAUCAGAACUUAUUUGGCAACAGCAAAGAACGAUUUUUUCUGAUCUUACGAGGCAUUUUAGGAUCUACCAGCUUGUUUCUGAGAUUUAUUGCUUUUCAUUACCUCCCUAUAGCAGAAGCUUCAGUAAUUGUAUUUAGUGUUCCUGUCUUUGUGUCGGUAUUUGCUCGUAUCUUUCUCAAAGAGCCUUGUGGUUUAUUUCAGGUGAUAACAGUUCUCUUGACAAUGACUGGUGUUUUACUGAUAACUAAGCUUCCCAUCAUCCUUCAGUACUCAUCUAUAGAUAUUCCACCUUCCAUCCGUCUGUAUGGAGUGGGAGCUGCCCUCAUCUCGACUGUGUUUGCUUCUGGUGUUUACAUUGUACUUCGUAAGAUGAAAAAAAUUCACCACUCUGUCAUAUUAUUCAACUUUGGAUGGGUUGGGGUAAUUGUGACAGCCCUGAGUACAGCUGCCUUUGGGAACUUUUCGUGGCCACCUUGUGGUAUUGGCCAAUUCCUAGGUGUUGCCUUGGGUCUUUUUAGCUUUCUGGGACAGAUAUUUUUCACUAAAGCUCUCCAGAUAGAACAAGCUGGAUUUGUGUCCAUCGUGCGUGCAGCAGCAGACAUUGUCUUUGCUUUCCUAUGGCAAGUUCUGUUUUUUAAGGAAAUUCCAGAUGCUUGGAGUAUCUCUGGUGCUAUUAUUGUAAGCAUUUGUGUGUUAUUGACAAGUGCUAGAAAGUGGUUUGCAUCCCUCCCACCAUAUUCUCCACUGAGAAAAAAACUAGCUUUCCUCAUCUUAUAAUAGAGUAUAAUCAAAAUGUAGUAACAGCAGCAAGAAGUAGGAAUAAAUUAUAUUUGUCAACAGUAUUAGUACAUUCUCAAUGUCACACUUGCCCAGGAUAUGUAAAUAUUUAUUUAUUAAGAAAAGAUGCUAAAGCUAAAGAAGGUUUAAUAAAGAAUAAGUUGGAUAAUUUAUCAAGUGAAUAUUUUUUUUUAUUAGAAUAUUAAAAGAAACAUGUAUGUUACACUUUAGGAUUGUUGAUAAGAAAUUAAGUCUUUCUUUUUUUUUAUCUAUUGUAGCAUAUGCAAAGUUUACAAAAAAUUAUAAGAUAUGGGCAGCAUGUUUUUUAUGACAACAAGACGUAUACAGUCUAGUGUUGCAACUAUGUUUUUAUUAUUUUGAUUAAUAGCUAUCUACCAGUUUAUCAAUACAUGUUUAUUUCAGACAUGCCACUGGAAAGUAUAUAAAGGUUUAUAAUAUCUAUCACUGGCAGAUGAUUGUUCGUUAUGGAACAGAAAUUAGAAAUUUUAUCAAAGCUCCUCAUUCUUCAGCAUUUGUGUGAUUGUCAAGGACCCAAGAAAUCUCCACAAAAUAACAUUUAAGAAGCAUCUUAAGAUAAUUCUAGUCAUUCCUUAAAUAACAGGUGUUUUCACUUGCACUGCAUCCUAAGUUCCUUUAAGCCCAUUAGUACUUUUUUUUUCAUAAAGUACUAUCAAAAUAUAAUCUAAUUAAUAGACUUAUACUAAAGUAAACACUUGAUAAAUUAGAGCUUAGUUUU